AUGGCAGAAACAGCCGGCACGGCCGGAUCGGCCGCAACACCAGACCAGUCCCUUGGCGCCUUCCCAUUUACGGUGCCUAAACUUACAGGGGCGGAGAACUAUGAUGAAUGGAAGAAUGCCAUUCUGAUGGUCGCUGGAGGUAUGGCCCUCAAGCGUUACCUUGUCGAGGCCAUCCCUGCGGCAUCACGCGAUGAGAGAAUCAACAACCGCGCUCAGACCCUUGUGUACACCAACAUAACCACGAUCGUGCAGCACCAGAACCCUGCUGACACUAUCGACGAUCUGAUGUCCGAACUCUUCGACAUGAAGCGGGAGAAAUUCGACUCUCUACGAAGCUUCCUCGACAGGUUCCAAUACCUCUAG